UCGCUGACUAGAUGGGCCUAGGAAGCAGUGUUGAAGCAGCCUUAGCGACGUGCAAUAUAAAGCCAAGUUUCGUGCCAGUUAGCUCACAGCGGCAUCAGUUUGAAGUGAAUUCCUGUAACAAACAGUCCAACGGUGCAAAGCAAAGUGAUCUUCUACCAACUUCCGUCGGCCAAACCAUGACCAAUGGCACUCUCUUCCAACCUCAGUACACGGAAGUGUUUUCAAGCGGCAUGGCUAUGAGUACAGCACCACUGGGCAGUGGGUUCGUUGAGUUUAAUACGGCUCACAGCAACAAUUGGCAGAGUAUGGAAGCAUCCGUGGCACUAACGACACAUCAGCGCCAGUCUCGUCCUCGCCAUCGCCACCUGAUUGAUUCGCGGCUCAACAAUUCGUUCGUAGACGGUGGAGAUGCGAUGGUGACUUCGGCAGACGCUUGCAUCAGUGACAUUCGUCGUGUGGAAGAAAAUCUACGCAUGGAGAGCCGAAUGCUGAGCGAUAAUAAUAAUAUCCCGAUGGCACGUUGUUCAACUCCAAGUCCGGCCUACUGCUUUCACUGUGAUCACGAUCAUCGGGAACGAUGCUGUCUGUAUGUGGGCGACACACCUGACGAUGGUCCGUACUAUUCACGGUGGAAGCGUGAUCUGGAGAAUCCGACCGUGAGACCUCAGUACAUCCCGAAGAUUCCGGAGGCGGUAUCCGGGAACAGUACACCGUUCUGGUUUCCGGCCUACACGUACACCAAACCGGAAGCGAUCAAGCAAAAAAUGUUGGAGAAAAACCCACCACCGCCAGCAGUUUGGAUGCGCCAGUUUUAUUAUCCGAUUGUGGGAUAUGGGCAUGAGUAUCAGCUGAUGAAUCAGGCUACCAUGGAACGGCCAACACCGUAUCAGCAGUAUCUUCAGCAGCAUCAGCAAGAUGUUUACCGGUUGUAUCACCAUCAGCAGCAGCAGCAACAACAAUCCGCCUGUCGACAUGGACGCAAGUGUAAUGGUUGUUCUGCGGGAAAUCCAGGAACUCCGUACGUCCAGCAGCAAUUUCAUCCACAUGUUAACCAGCUCCAAGUAGCUGGUGAUUACGUACAGCAGCAGCAACCAAUGCAUCCUCAAUCUGCUUACUACUACCAACAGAGCAGCUACUACAGCAACGAUCAUCAUGUGAACCCUCCGCAUCAUCAUCAGCCACUUCCGCAGCAACACUACGUCACACCGAUUGGAUACGCUCCUGUUCCGGUGUACCAUGACGCUUACCUUCAUCCAGCACAUGGCUACACUCUCGGCUAUCAUCCAGUCGGCACAAUUCCACCAAGGGAACCAACGCCACCCUCACCGACUACACCAACCUCGACGCCACUGUGGCUCCUGUUCUGCCAAAAGCUGUCCCGCAAGUUUCCCGAUCGUAGUAAAAAGCCUUCACCAACGAAGGGACGUUCGCCGAGCAAAAACUUUGUGCAUCAUCACGUGCGGCACAAUCCGACAACGGUCGCACCGCAACCUGCCACCAUUACGCCAGUCGUAGCACCAGAUUACUAUCCACCGAAGUACGCUAGCAUCGAUCAACAUCCGCCGAUGCAGUACCCGAGCAUGGCACAACCGGUACAGAGCUACGGACGUUCUGUUACGGUAGGACAAACGGUGAUAUCGCAUCCACCGUACUACAGCCAGGUACCAUCACCGACCGCAACACCAAUGAACGAUGUGGGCAUGUACUAUUUGGCACCGACGGCGGUGAAUCUUUAGGUGAUAA